UGUGAAUGACACUUCAGGAACUCCUGCUGCCACCGCAUGUAGCGCAUAGAAGGAGGCGUAAACACUGACACAGCUCACAGACAGCAAGUGAACAGAUGUUGGGCCAAAUGGCGAAAACGCCAUUCCAUUGAGAAAAGUUUUGAAAAUGGAGAUGAGUGGAAACAACGAAUGCUAUGGCUGUGGCCGCAUGGGUCACAAGGCUAAGAAUUGCCCCAAUCCGAGGGGAGGACGUGGGAGAGGCCGGGGACGAACAAAGGAAAUGUUCUGCUAUCGGUGUGGAGAUCAGGGGCAUAUUGCCCGGGAUUGUGUCCAGACUGAGGAAUCGUGCUACAACUGCCGGAGGAGUGGCCACAUUUCCCGCGAAUGCAAGGAGCCGAAGAAGGAGAGGGAGCCUCUGUGCUUCACCUGCGGCAAACCCGGUCACAUCGCUCGUGACUGUUCACACGCCAACGAGCAGAAGUGCUACUCCUGCGGCGGCUUCGGUCACAUCCAAAAGCUGUGCGAGAAGGUGAAAUGUUACAGGUGUGGCGAGAUCGGUCACGUCGCUUUGCACUGCAGUAAGGCCAAUGACGCCAACUGCUACAACUGUGGAAAGACGGGCCACGUGGCAAAAGACUGCAGCAUUGAAGCCACAGCAUAAUCUGUGCCCUCUGUUGCCCCUCCUUUUUUUCAGAUUGAUGGUUGGUUGUAUUAUUUUUCUCUGAAACCUCUUCACUGGCCCAAAGUCGGCUAACAGAGGCUAGUCCCAGGCCAGUGAGCCUCUCGACAUGUAAUACAAAUGAAAGGGGUGAAAAAAAUCUUUCUGCAUUCAAUACAAAAAUGUUUUAGUUUGGUAGCGGUGUUAUGUAUUAUGCUUUGUUAAAGAAUCCCCCUUUCCAAGCCACUGGUGAUCGGAGAUGAGCAGGUGGGACUAAACAUGGGAAUCAUAGGACCUUCUGAGAGCGAGUCUCAGUCAAGUGAGAUAAAAGAAGGGAGUUAAUGGAAACCGAACUUCCAUGUAUGGUUAUUUUGGUUUGUUUUUGUGGGAUACGAGUUGGCCAAGAGAGAAGAAACAUUUCACAACAUGCUUUUCAGCCCAACUAAGCAGCAAAACGGGCGAGUUAAAAUAAACAACGCACUAUAUUGCUAAGAUGUACAAAUGAAUUUGGAGGUGAUUAAAGAAUACAUUUCUUUUAUAGACAUCUGUUUACAAUCUAACUGGCGUGUGGUUCAGCCAAGGCAGACGUUUCUUUCAAUAAAUGCUUUGGGAUUCUGAUUUAUUUUUCUUACCUUGGCAAAAAGUAACAUCAAGGAGUCAGAACAGCAGAAUUAGGAGUUAUUUGGGGAUGAAAAAAAGUUUUCACUGAAAUCAAAUGUUAUUUUUGUACAAUAUCACUUAGACUACUGUAUAAAUACCAUUUGCUUGUACUCAGUUUUUAAGUCGGAAGGAAAGUGCAACUGAAGUCCUAGAUCAUAGAAGUGUAAUUUUAAACUAUCAAUAAAGCUGGAGGAGCACGGACAA